GGCGAGACUUCACUUAUUUGCUCAUCUCAUUGCAAAUCAAUUGCAGAUCAAUGUCACGGUCGUGACAGUGCAUAGAUGAUAUUCCUCACUCGCGCCUCAAGCACGUUGAUCGUGUUUCUCUCGUUUCACUGAAGAACAAAAAUAUGUGUUCGGAGUCUUCGCUACUCCCAACACUAUUAACCCGUUGUACAUGAUGGCUGUUGCCCCCGAACCAUUACAGUCCUCCUUGCCGGUAAUUGGGUCUGUCCGAAAGGCCCUCUCACCAUUCGAACUCUUGAUCACUUGCAAUCCGCCCAUCCUCGAGUCGCUCCUCGCUCAAGUGCCGACCGAGACCAUCUUCAGGCUCUACCAGACUUCGCCUUACCUCCGAGACUUCUUUUCGAAAUCUCCUACGUCCUGGCGAUAUAUCUCAUGGCGUCUGCACCAACCCGCGGUCACUACCGCCACCGUCGGCGUCAAUGCCGCUGGAAACGGACCCAGGCAGUCGAGCAACUACGCCCUCGAUCAAAUCAUCCUCACCGUCAUUAACCCCUUCAGCACGAGACUCGUUAGCCUGGAGUUGGACAAUACGGCUGUUAGUGGGACGACCUUGACGUCCACUGUGCUGAUCUUGAGGAGGGAGACUCUUCGCCACGUCUCAGUCCGCGGCUGCAAGAACGUGUCGUUGAAAUACCACAUCAAUCCAUGGCUACAAAUGCAUGCGUUGGCUCGCGAGUCUCCAGAUACCAGAGGGCCCCCUGGCUUCGAGACACUGGCGCUGAAGAGCUUAUAUACCUAUCGAUGCCGCCAUCAUAGGAGAAGGCCGUAUUUGCCCAGUAGUCUCGCACGCAAGGAGAGCGAUAGUGAACCCACUCAUGAACUGGUCCUGACCUGCCACAAACUAGGCAUCUGGACAGACACAGCUUGGUGCACCACGCCCGGAGCCAGGUGCUAUCGCCGGAGAGGCUAUGUGAAGUUGCGUAUGCCGCAGGAUCCCAGGGAGGUCUGGGUGGUUUAUGAUCGCUUGUGGAGGAGUCGAAACUGGAUGGGCCCGCUUGAGCAACCCAAAACCUAUACAUUCAGCAAGAAGCGAAAACGGGACUGCAGGAGUUGGGAAGUUGACGAGGAGGGCAUGAACGGCGAAGCCAUGGGCACUGGUCCAGAGGGCAAAACAACACCAGCGCAUCUGCGAGCAUCUCACCGGAGAUUUGUCGAAAACGUCAUUUGCCACAACUGUUCGGCGGAGAUCCUGGAGCGAUGCGAACAGUGCUCAGUGAUGAUGCACUGUGUCGGGUGUAGGAAGACACUAUGUGCCAGUUGCGCCUUCGACCGCCCUUAUCUGCGAAACAAGAACGCCCCCGAAGAAGAGAGAAACAGGUUCUGGUGGGCUCCUGGAUGUGCAGUAUCUCCUUGUUCCAUGCAGGACCAGGAUCUGCCUCCAAAUGGGGCCGCCAACGGAAACCAGAACACAAACGCUAACACUCUUCCCAAUAUCAAAUUCAAAUGGUGUUGUACAGAGCCAGUGUUCUCGGGUGGCGGUGGCAUCACCUUCAGCAACAGUGCGAAUCGAGACAGUGAUCGCAUUCGUGCAGCACCACUCCCAAUUGGACAGGGAUGGGAGGAUCCGGAGUUCCUUCGUGAUCCUCCCAGCCUCGUCAGCUAUACAGCAGAUAACAUUGUACUAAGGGAGGGUCCUGCAGGCCGUUGGCCAUCCAUCAAUGCUUUGUUUCACACUGCGACAUAUCUGAGCGGCGCAGACCAUCCCAUCUUGUCAGUCCCCAGAGUCUUGUGUGAUGAGUGCUAUGGCUCUGAGAUUUGGAAAGUCAAAUGCAAGGCUUGUUCGACACCGAUUUGCAUCAAGCAUGAUGUUGGUGAGCGUGCCAAAGCGAGGAUUUGCGGCUACAGAGAACUGUCUAUCGAGAAACAAGAGUUCAAGUCGAGACAGAAGGCUAUGAAGCUGCUUGCCACAUUGAUGCGACAACGAAAAGAAAAGGAGACGGCAACAGAACAAGGGGAAUAUGCCGAGGCUGGGACGACUGCUAGCACACCGAAAGCUGGGAAAGCUGGCGUCAAAUCGGGACCACCUUUCUCUCCACUGUCCUCGUUGUCGGUAGCAGGCUCUGUGGGUCCUGAAACUCCCUUCCACGCGGAGGUUGGAAGCAGUUCGAGACCGAUGCGAACACAGUUAGCAGAAGUUGAUCGACCCCAGCGUCCCCUGUCACCCGCUUCGAACAGCACUGGGCCCCCAUCUCGAUCUACGUCCCCCUCGCCGUCCGCACAUUCAAUAACCGCGACGCCUGAGCCCAACUCUGCGCCUCGACGACCAGCUCGACCCGAAAUCGACCCAGGUCCCAGUUGGCGAGGAUGUCAAACACUCUUCUGUCCGCCGUCACGUUCCACCCCAGGCGACCACAGACGACGUUGUACAGCGGUCAUGAAGGCCUGUAUGGAGUGCAAGAUUCACGUCUGUGGCGAUUGUGCCAACGCUCUCGAACCUCCGUGUCCUUGCAAGGGGUGUCGAUCUCCACAGACGGAGGAAGACAACAGCGUAUCUACAAACCUCCCGCCGAAUCCGGUCUCUUCUGAAACACCUUUGUUUUUCUGUCCUAACUGUCGGUGGGAGAGAAUGCGAUCUGGAAAAUGCAAAAGGAGGUCACCAGCAUUUUUGGCUGCCCGGUCGUGGCAUAGCAAGAAGCAGAAGAAGCGGAAGGACAAGAUGCGUAAACCUCUAGAAGCCCGACGGACGAGCGUAGGACCAGGUGGGAAUCCCUCAAGCACAGAAGAGGCAAUCGAUGGGCUGGUGGAGUUUUUCGCGAGCCUGAAUACUCAGUCCCCCAGCUCCGAUCAUCCCCAAACAGAAGCAAGCGGGCCGUCACGGUUAAAUAGUGGUGGCCAAACAGGGGCCGGAGGCAACCAGCAGGACAUCCAAGAAUUGGAAGACAUGGGCGCUCUGGCUCGAAACUUGAUCCACCGAAUCCAGCGCUUGAGAGAACAGUUUCCUCCGGGUUCGUUGGCUGCUCUUGCACUGCCAGAUAUUCAUAUUCGUUUGGAAGAGGAAGCGGAGGUUGCGGCCGGCAUGGUACGCAGGGCGGACGAAGCAGCUCGCACGUUUGCGCGCGAGGCGUUGGCAAUCCAAAUGGCGGUCGAGCUCGCGGAACCUCACCAUCACAGUGUGCAUACCGCCCUCGCUUCCCUACCUUUGCCACCGAAUGAGAACAGCAAUGUCAGUGGCACUCAGGCUACUUUCGGACAGGCCGAGCCCGAGACCCAGGGUGCGACUGAGGAUGCAGCCGCCGCUCCUGAACCAGCGGAGGUGCUCGGAGAGGAAGAAUUGGAGGACGAGGAUGACCGACACUUUGAGGAGCGGGAAUCGAGUACAGAUUAAUGACAUAUAGCGAACAAGGUUGUAUGGCUGGGAAAAGCAUUGCGCGAUCCUGGGAUUGCUGGCUUUGAUGCAUAGCAGCGAGUGAUCAAAAGGAUGGGAGUUAGACCAGGGGAAUGGAUGGGUUGGGAGUCGCCUGGAUCUGUUAUGAGGAGUUCUCUCUCUCGUUUGGCAAUGACACGAAAUGACAAUCAUCGAUCACUCGAGCUCGGGUUUCGAAACUUCAGCUUCUCCCAUCCUCCAACCGAGACAACCUGCUUCUUUUCGAGUUUCGGGUGCCAUGGUGCAGCGGCAAAGACAAUGUGAAGGAACACAGGUGAGCACCACAUGUCCUUGCACACAGGGAGCCCAAAUCCGAGGAGAGGAUCGCCAGCAGCCCUUGUGGCAGUGGUACCCGUGUCCCUCUCAUUCGUUGCCAUCCAUACUUCUGUCGGUCUUCGUUUGGUACCAGAUCCUUCCAAGCAUGCGGUUCCCGGGUCUAACACGUCCAACUUCUGGUACACCCACGGCGAGACAUUUGGUUCAGCGACGCAGAUGGCAUGGAAGCUUAUACUGGCUUCUGGCCGAAACCUUUGUCGGCGGAGGUCCUCGCGCUGAGGACCUUUGAGGUCUGUCAACAAUAUAAAUGUCCAACGCAGACAGCUGCUUUUGAAGCAACUCUAUACCAUCUUGAUCUUGACUUACACAUCUCUCGCAGGCCCUUGCAUAUCAACUAACUGACUUCCAGACUAACCC